UGUGGGGUGGGCGUGUCCGGGGCUCAGCAGCUCACCUGUGUGAUAGUACGGAGAGAGUAUACUGUCAGUAGCCAUGGUGGUCGGUGUGCCGGGAUCUCCGGGCGCUGCAGGGUCUCCUCGAACAGCGGCGGCAGAUCAUGUGGUGGACUGCAUGAUCCAGAGCAUGGACCAUCCUCUACUCUCGCAGUUUGUGAAUGGGAUUACCAGCGCUGUCCCACCUCCCCAAUCCAAGCUGUACAGCAGCUGGUCUGUGUGUGAGGACGAUGCAGGGACGCCCUCCAUACCGGACUGUAAGGAAAAAAGUGCGCUGUUUAGACUCUCUGAAAAUAGCCCAAAUAUGUUUGGCUUGAUGACGAGUUUCCCCGAGGAGUCAAACAAACUGGAUGGCGUGACAGACUGGGAUUCGUUAUCUAGACUGUUCCCUCCACUGUGGGCUGCUAAUGACCACCAAGACCUUUCAGAAUAUCUUCCAGGCAUCCUUCCAGAAAAUGUCAAUUUCUCUAGUGAGACUUGUGCCCCGAAAUACCAAGAGCAAGGGAGAAAGUUGCCGGAUAUGGAAAGUCUUCAGAGAGGGUUUGAGGACCUCGGCCUGCUGGAGUCUUGGGUUUCCUGCCCUGAUACAUGUACACCACAGCUGGAAGACAUCCUGCAAGAUCUUUAUAUUGAAAACCAAUCACUGGAACCCAAUUCCUCAUUCCAUCCAAUGGAAGCGCCUAACCAAGCCAUCAGUGAUUACCUGAAGUUUAACGGUCGAGAUCCUGCCACCAAAGGUGGUGGCUUCAGCCCCAGUAGUCAGAAGAGAGCAAAAGAAUUCCCUGGCAUUCAUAAACCACUGUGGAAAAAUGACAAAGGGAGAGGAACGUCUACAAAGACUAAUUUACUAAGUCAGAGCAAUUACGCGUCUGGUGUGAGAGAAGAUUGGGGUAAAGAAGCGUACACAAAGCCCUGCAAUGACUUUUCGCCUCUGAGCAUAAAGCCACCGGCAUACCAUUUUAAUCAGCAGUUUGCUAAAGAGCGCAGUUAUCCACAUACCACCCAGAGGAAACACUACAAAGAAGGGUCAGAAAACAACUACGGCAGCUUCUCAAAGUUUGGAAAUUUUGAUGGUCGAGAAAACAACAUGGUAUCUCAGAUCCAAAGCGAAUCCUUUGCAAGGUCUUCUGCUCCUGGUAUCCAUCCAAAUGAAGACUUCCACCCAUCCAGCCAGGGCCACCGAUGGUUAGAUAGCGAGACGACAGGGAUUCAGAAGCCGACCACAAGUCCUCUGCCGUCCCCUGCUAGUUCUACAGUGUCUGAUGGAUCUCCAACACAUCAUCCCGGCUACUUCUGCCCUAUUCCUUCUGUGCCGCCUUCCAUGAAAGAGGGACCAGUGAACGGCACAUCCAACCAGGUACCAUUUUCCAACUUUACUGAAGAAAAUCAGAGGCGUAACAAAUCUUUCAAUCACUCGUCUCCUUGCAAGGAGGGGGUAUAUCGUAAUAUGCCACCAGGCUAUCCACCCAACUGGUCACCCCCACAGCAAAGCUCUGGGCUGAAUAGCUCUGAUCGGUACCACAAGCUGCCUAAAAAAACAAACCCACCGAAUAGCAGUAAUGCAGAGAGAAGGGGGAGAAGAAGCUGGAACAGCCAACACGGUAAUGUCCGACAAAACCCACCUACUUACAACCUGUUCCAAAGGAAGCAAGACCCCAACGUGGGAAACAUGUCUGAUUUCAUCAACGCCUCAUUCCUCCCCCCUUUCUCGUUAAUGUCUGAUCUGAAGCAGAACCAGAAUUUUCCUCCUUUCAACCCACAAGCGUUUUCUCCACCAACCAACAUGCCGUUUCCCCCUCCUCCUCUUCCCUUCUCUGACCUCAUCGAUCUGUUCCAUUACGAAGACUUAAAUCGCAUCCACCCUUUUAUAAGUGACUUAUUCUGUGGUGAAGUUCCCACGCCCUACUUCCCGUUCCCCGCUCCUUUCAACAGAUGUCGUCCAUCGAGAAACCGCAGCGGGCCUGCCAACGAGCUUCACUUACAGCUAGAGGAAUGCUGCGAGCAGUGGCGGGCUCUAGAGAAGGAACGGAAAAAGACUGAAGGGGAACUUGCUCGAAACUUUCCGGGGAACAGAAUUUCCAGCUCUUACAGCUCAUCGGUGCCGAGACUUCCAACAAACCCAUCGAGGGUCGACCGUUUGGUUGUUGAUCAGUUCCGAGAGCAGGCCAGAGCAAUCUCAUUGGUGAAGAUAAUGGAGAAUAUCCGUGGCGAGAUUCUCCAUGUCAAUAUAAACCUAGCGCUAGAUCAUCACCUUGAAGCCAUCCACCUGACGCAAGCGCGUCGCAAAGAUGAAAUCGUUAAUGCCGCCAACCGUCAGAAGCAAGGAGCCCCCCGUUACAACAACGAGAGAGAUGUCCUCGCUCUCGCAGCUGCCAUGAAAGAAAUGGUGUCUUCAACGCGUAAGGCCCGGACCGCCCUAUGGUGCGCGUUGCAAAUGACAUUGCCUAAAUCUCUGUCUGGCGUCACCGUGAAGCAGGAAGACCUAGAAAGGGCUCUGCAAGAGCUGUGCCCCAACAAAACACCCACUCUGGAAGAGGAGGCGUGCGCCGAAAUCGGGGAUGGCAGGAGAGCCAAGAACUAACUAUGUAACCGUUUCUGGCAAUAAGUAACCUGUUCUGGUCGGGGCCGGAACGUUUGCAUUUCAGCAGGCUUAGUAACUCGGAAGCAUUUUGGCCAUCAAAUGGCAGCUUUAAUAGUUAAUAUUUGUAACAUUUUGUAUCUGCACCUUCUACUGCAUUUUUAUUGUAUUUUACUAAUGUAAUAACCAUGCCCAGUGAUUCUUCAUGUAUUAAGGAGAUAGUGUUAUAAUCGAACCUAAGCCUGUCCUAGGUCUUUGUUCCUUCUUACUUGCUGCAUUUCAGGGGGUUGCGUUUUACCCAUAGCGGUCCCUAUCAUUUGAUUUUUAAGAAAGGCAUUUUAUUUUGUGCCAAAGAAGGGGACACGUGAAUUUUAUUAUAUAUUUAUGUUAAUACGCAGAUUCUUUAUAACACAAUGGCUGGUUUUGAUUUCCUUUGUGAUUAUUCUGUUGGUUUAUUAAGACCGCCCUUACUCAUUGAAUAGCAGGGUAUGCUGCAUGAGAAUGUAUUGGAGAUCUAUUAAUCCCUUUCUGCAUAGUAUAUUGUAUGACCAGAUUAUUAACAUAGUUAUAAAUAAAGUUAGGGAAUUAAUUAUGCAUAUUUAUAUCCUAGAGGGAUGGUUUGAUCGGAGCCGCGGCGGCGAAGGAGACAGGGCUCCGGAAUAGUUAUGACCUGUAAUUUAGAAGCAUAUUAACGGUUCGCUCGGUUAGAUCAUUACUCAGGUGUAAUUACCUGUUACAGUGAUGAGAGUGGGGUAAUAUGACUUUAUUCUAGUUUGCACUUAAUCAAAAUAUAUAGUUCAUUGGUAAGACCAUUUUAAUUUAAAGGAAUACGCAUUCCAUAUUUAUUUUAUGUAUGAAUAUAUUUUACUAAAUACUAUUAACAUAUUUACUCAGGAAAAUAGUACAUUGCAUAGGUACAAAUUAAAGUAGACUUUAGGCUGUGUAUACAGAGUAUUUAUAAGUUACCAAAGCUUUUAUUUUCCAUGUUGGUGUGAUAUAUGCAUAAUGUUCCACGCCGUUCACAGUGGCCACGCGCUGCAGACUUUGUGAUUUGCCAAUACAGUGUACUGUACGUAAUGCGACGGAAUUGCCUUUUGUCUUAUCCUGUGGCUUCGGACAAUCAUGACUUGUUUAUUAAUGUGAAUGUACGGUCGGACACAUUGAUCACGUUCAGUUUUACGUCUGUUCCGCAUGGUUCUCCGCUGUUUUAUACUUGGUGUUCCGGUGACUUAUCAGUGUGUCAUUCUGGUGCUAGCAUGAAUUAGAGACGAAGAUUAAGCUCAACAUUGAUUGUGUAUGUGCGUGUAAGUGGGUGGGGGGGGGAGGUAAAAUGUUGGGUUGUCAGCCGUUGUAGAUGGACGGCACUAUACAGGAGAUUUGUGGUUAAAUAGAAGGUAGUAGAAUUAUGAAUGGGUAUCGCAAUCUUUUCGUGAAGCGCGGAUUAUGUGACCUGGAGACGUUAAUGUGUGUGUGUGUGGGCUUUGUCUUUAUGUUGAAUGAACUGUUUCGCCCACUUGCGUUGUUUUUCUGUUAGUGUAGUCGUUUUUAUUCGAGGCGCAGAGGUAACUGUAGGUAAGACAAAACUACGGGCCCCUGGAUCGGCGUACUGUCCUGAUCAUACGUGCUGGGGGUCUGUGUGUUUAUUUUUUUUGUUGAGCGUGUUUGUUUUUUAUUAAUCUUCGUCAGACUUAUUGAAUAUGAGUAGAUGGCAUUCGCAUUGUGGUAAUUCUGUCCAGCCUGGUGUAACUCGGUGACCGUGCAUCGGCUUUGUGGCUUGUCCGCCGUGGCUGAUGACUGGACUGUGUGUGUUGAAAUAUAUAUAUAGUUUUAUUAUUUUAUUUCAUUUUUCAUCAUCGCUGAAGCAUCGCUUGCUAAUUCAUUCUGUACUCUGCAGGGAGCAUAGGUUGUGAGUUGUCAGAUUUUCUAAAGAGAACCAAUCGGAUUCUAGCUCUCACUUUAACAAGUACAUUCUAGUAAAUGGUAGCUGGAAACUGAUUUGUUGACCUUAAUGCUGUUACAAAAUAUGUGCUUUACAAUUACAGACGGCUGAUGAGAUAGUACAUUAAGGUUGAGAGUCUCCCUGGCUCUUCCUUUAAGGUGCCAACAGCCGCUAAAUAGCAAGUGAGCUUUCUCUAUUGCAGCCAGCAGGGGGAGCCUUUGUACUGCAAACAGUAGCUGGAGACUCCUGGUUGGGGGUAGAUAUCUACUGGCUUGUGCAGCCCACCUGCUUGGGGCAUUCUGGGUAUGAGGGGUGCUACAGGUAGCAAAGGUAGAUGACCUUUCUGUGUGCUGCCGGCACAUCGUGGACACUGCUACGCUGUGUCGGAGGAGUGCUGGGUAGUGUCGGCAGAUGUCAGGCAGGCCCCUGCCACCCUGUGGUAAGUGGACGUUUCAUAGCACCCCCACAGACGGCUGUGAUUUUUGUCCCUAACAGGCCACUAUUCAGCUCAGUGUGGGACUUGGGAGGGUAAUGCUAUUGGCUCUUCUUUGAUAAGUGAAGCUGCAGAAUAGCAGGGAACACAGAGAGUAAUCGUGAAACGUUGUUGGUUCUGGUCCGAAGUGUUUCCGGUUCGCUCUUGCGGAGUUUUUCCAUUUUGUUAUGGGAUUAUUUUAUUUUAUUUUUUUCUUUGCACUAACUGGUUUUGAAAAGUUUGUGGUUUGCAGAUGUUGCUGUGUGGUUUGGAAUAAUUAUAUAUUGAAAAGCAAUAGUGUCUCGUUUUUGGGGGUGUUUGUAAUUGUGAGGUUUCUUGUGUAUUAGCUCUGACCCAUAGACGUUGCCGUCAGGAUGUGAUGGUGCAUGAACUGGCGUCACACCCGUGUAAAUCCUAUAAUACGCUUCAUUAAUCCCUAACGUUCUCCUACAUCCGGUGUCCUAAUAACAGCCAAUAACACGGUAUUGUAGAUUAUAUUUACACUAGGAGUAGAUAAUAGACGUGUGCUAUAUUUUUACACCCAUACCAGGGGAAUGUGUUAUUUUGUCUUGCAGGAAAUCUUGUAUUUAAAGAUUUGUGAUAUUUGAUAUAUAUAUCCCACGAUGAAUAUAUGGCUUACGCUGCCUUACUUUACCUCGUUUGUAUAUCUUUUGUCAUUGUACUUUAUAAGCACUGUAAUAACACGUUUUGUAGUGUUCCGGUGAAAUGGCUGAAAGCUCUUUAUAUACCAAUGAGUGUGAAAAUAAAGGACGUGUUUAUACUAAUAUGAUAAUAUUCACUAUUGCUGCAUCCAUCAGAUAAUGUAGCCAACAUUUGUUUUAUUCUUAGAACGAUCUGUGUUUCAGUAGCAAUAUAAGUGUAGUAAUUGUUCUUGCAGUGGACGGACAUAGAAAGUAUUUAUCGAGCUGCUGAAAACUCUGGAACACACUCGGAUGUACCCUUUUCUACCACAGGUGACCCAUCUAUGCCAUUUAUUUAUAUAUUUGUAUUUUAAUUUACACUUUUUAUAUGUAGAUUGUGUUUCAUACCCUAUAACUGUGGUACCUGGGGCUUCGCGCCCCAUUUUCCGUUCUCGUCAGUGUAUAGCCCCAAUAUCUGGGAUUUCCCUCUCGUAAAGAACAAUUAGCGCACCGUGUACCAGCCGCGGUCUGCGGGAUGCAACGGUAAUAGGAAGAUACUGCACUUGGACAGAAAUGACCGUUCUAUUACAAUACUGGUUGGCGCAAGCAGCGUUCAGUGUUUGAUCACUUUAAUGCAAGAUAGAAUUUAUAGAAGCGAUAAAUGUCCAAUGAUCUAGAAUAAGAAUUAUCCGGCAGGUGUUGUGUAUUGUGUGUAUGCAUAGGGGACAUCCGUGUUAUCAUGUUCUCUCUAGUCCCCGCUGUGUAAGUGUUUUUAUAGCGUUGCGCUGAACAGCGACUGGGACCGCCGUGUACUUACGGGGCUACGUUCUGAACUGUAAUCCGGUCACCCAAUGGAAUCGCCUUCUUUACGCACAGAUGUCUCACAGUGUGCUUGUAUCCGCAAGUAAAUCCCUUUUCCCCUAUGUCGCACUGAAACAGCAUCUUGUCCAUUUUGUGUAGUCUCUCACUUGUAACCAUGGAAAAAGUAUUUUCAUACGUACAAUCACUGUGAUGAAUUACUGACAAGGUAUACGGUAUUGGGCAUUGUAUUCAGUGAUGUAUUAGCGUCAUUACCUGCAGUAACAGAUGAUUCCUCUCUAGUUCUGUAUCCGGCUUUCCUGCGAAUCUCGAGGCUGGAUGUCACUGUUUAAUCACAUAUUGAUCUAUAUGGGUAUUGCCAGGGGUACAAGGUUUCCAGCCCUGGCGAUGGUCCUGCGUGCCGAUGUCUUGGUGCUAUGUGUCAUGCAGAUGGUCACUAAAGAGGAGUCAUCUCUGCUAAUUAUUUAUAUAUUGACUGAAAUUGUGCUUAAUUCUGAAGAUGUUUCUAUUGCUAACCAAAUACAACUUUGUUAACUUGUAUGUAUGACAUUAAAUCAUUUAGUUAUUA